AUGCGUUCUGUCACCGCUAUACUCACUUCGCUCCUCGUCGUGACUGGCGCCUCAGCCUUAUCAGAACGCUCGUUGCUGCUUCAUGAGAAGAGGGACACACAUCCCGCCUCGUUCGUCAGCCAUGGCCCUGCAGCUUCAGACGCACCUCUUCGUCUUCGCAUUGCGCUAGUGCAGUCCGAUAUCGCUGGCCUGAAGGACAAGCUCAUGGAGGUUAGCACCCCCGGAAACGCAGCGUAUGGCCAGCACCUCUCCAAGGACGAGCUCUUCGCCUACACAUCCCCUAAAGCCUCCACUGUUGAUGCUGUACAGAAGUGGUUGUCUGAGAACGGGCUCGAGUCUACUCAGGCUUCCCCGGCUGGAGACUGGAUUACUAUUACGACAACUGUCAAGCAGGCGAACGCCCUUCUUGACGCCGACUUUUCGACGUUUUCCAAUAGCCAGACAGGAGAUGCCGUCAUUCGCACCCUUUCGUACUCUAUUCCGGCGUCUCUGAAGGAACACGUUGAGCUUGUCCACCCGACCGUCUCAUUCCCCGGUCCUCGCCACUCGCUCCCUGUCGCCUCUAUUCCUCUUCAGAAUCUCUCUACGAACGCAGCACCUUCGUCAUGCAACAGGGCUAUCACUCCCACGUGCCUCCAAGAGCUGUACAAUAUUCCUACCACCGCGGCCCCCAAGAGCUCUAACCAACUUGCUGUUUCGGGAUUCAUUGACCAGUUCGCGAACCAGGCGGAUCUCAAGUCUUUCCUCACGUCCUUCCGCAAGGACAUCUCGUCGUCUACCACAUUCACCCUGCAGACUCUUGACGGCGGUUCGAACCCCCAGAACAUCAAUGAGGCUGGUGUUGAGGCCGAUCUGGAUAUUGAGUACACGGUAGGACUCGCGACCGGCGUCCCUGUCGCAUUUGUCUCUGUCGGCGACAACUUCCAGGAUGGUGACUUGGAGGGCUUCCUCGACAUCAUCAACUUCCUGGCUGCCGAGUCCACUCCGCCAACUGUCCUCACAACUUCUUACGGGCAGGAUGAAAGCACCAUCUCCCGCGCCCUGGCUGAGAAGCUCUGCAAUGCGUAUGCGUCAAUCGGUACUCGCGGAACCUCUAUCCUGUUCGCAUCCGGUGACGGUGGCGUCUCUGGCUCGCAGUCGCAAUCGUGCUCGAAGUUCAUCCCGACCUUCCCGUCCGGAUGCCCCUUCCUGACCUCUGUCGGUGCGACGCAGAACGUCAACCCCGAAGUUGCUGCCGCACUGUCUGCUGGAGGCUUCUCCAACUACUUUGACACACCCUCGUACCAGACAUCGGCUAAGGCCGCUUACCUCUCUGCUCUGGGUUCGACCAACUCGGGCAAAUUCAAUGCCAGUGGACGUGGGUACCCGGAUGUUGCCGCUAUCGGCGAAGACGUUGAGAUCGUCAGCGGGGGACAAACUGGUCUGGUCGCCGGCACGAGCUGCUCCAGUCCCAUCUUCGCGAGUGUCAUCGCUCUCAUCAAUAGCGAUCUCAUUGCCGCUGGCAAGCCGCCUCUUGGCUUCUUGAACCCAUGGUUAUACUCCACUGCUGCGAGCGCACUCAACGACAUUACAUCGGGUUCGAACCCGGGUUGCAACACCAAUGGUUUCCCGGCGAAGGCUGGCUGGGACCCGGUUACCGGAAACGGAAGCCCUGAUUUUGUCAAGCUUCGCACCGCCGCGGGUCUUUGA